AUGUCUGCGACGACCUCUCCACGACGAACCGUCCCCUUGGUGGGCACCCCUCCGUUCACUACUGCUGUAUACUCUCUGGACACUCGAGAUCGUUCACGUCUGUCCUACGAGAAGGCGAGAAGCGUUGGUCUCGCGUACGACUUGUCUUUCCAUGACAUCAGCUCGCUUUCACAGAAAUUCUGGGACCUUCACUUUGAUCCCGUUGUCUUGUUAGACGGUUCUGCAUUCACUUUAUUGACCAUCCACUACAAUCUAUGCGCUGGUACGAUAGCUUCCUACGCGUCGCGUAGACCUGAGCUGCACCUGCUUGUGGAAGAUUUGCUGCGUUUCAGAAAACUCGGGCAAUAUAUGCUCACAGAAGUAGGUCAUGGCCUCGACGCUCAUAACCUGGAAACCACUGCGACUCUCCUUCCUUCCGGGGAAUUCCUCCUGAACUCGCCGACACCGCAAUCAGCGAAGUUCAUGCCUCCCACCGUUCCUGCUGGAACGCCCUGCAUCGCAGUUGUAUUCGCUCGUCUCCUUGUCAACAAGGAAGACUUUGGAAUUCAUCCUUUCGUCGUGCCACUGAAUGACGGCUUCCAAAUGUGCACUGGUGUCCAAGCAAGGCAGCUACCCGCGCGAGAAGGCCCCAACCCGGUUAACCAUGCGAUAACAACCUUCCGCAAUGUCCGGCUACCUCGAACGUCGCUUCUGGGAGCACUGGAGAAGCCACGUUCCUUUCAUAAUCAUGUGCUGCAGAUUACUUCGCGGGUCAACGUCGGUACUAUGGCACUAAGUUGUCUGGGCAUCCCCUUCAUGCAAUGCUACGCUACCAUCGGGACAAUGUACAGUUUGCGGCGAACAACUGGCCCUCCAGAUCACCCACAGCCUAUCCUGCAGUUCAGGACGCAACAACUGCCGCUCUUGACCGUUGCCGCUCAGGUUUCCGUGCUGUCGGCAUUUCAACGUUGGGCGACGAACGCCUUCUGUACGAUGAAGGACAUCCGUAUUCGCCGCGGUAUCGCCGCUAUCGCCAAAGCUAUUGCUGUUCAGCAUUCGCAGGAGGCAUGCUUGGCCGUCUCAGAACGUUGCGGUGCACAAGGAUUGUUCGCACACAAUCAGAUGACUAGACUGCAUGCGGAAAUGCGUGGACUUGCGAUAGCUGAAGGAGAUAUCCUUGGUCUGUCCAUUCGGUUGGCGACCGAGCUACUUUUGGGCCGAUAUGUAAUGCCGGCUCCCGAGGACCCGACGAGUUUGCUCGCUCUCCAUGAGGCAGGCAUCUUCGAAGAAGCUCGUGAUAUCAUUACGUCUGUUCCUCACCACCGCAGCGUGGAAGUGAACAGGCUGAUCCUCCCACGCUGCCAAGCCCUGGUGGAGGCAAUUGGACACAGGAUGGCAUACGACGCGGCGGUCGCUGCCGGUGUCAAGCCCUGCCUGAUCGACCUCUAUGUUGCCAACGUCGUGAAGCUGGACCCUGCGUGGUAUUCCGAAAAUACACGUCUGGGCCGGCGCGCGCAGGCGGAGAUGGAGACGAAGGCCUUAGACGAGACGCUCCCCCUCCUUGGCUCUCUCGUACGUGAGAUGGAUGUUGGUCCCUAUAUUAGCGCCCCGAUCGUAUCCGACGAGCGCUGGUCGGAUUUCGUGGCGUCGCUGGAGGUCUUCGAGGGUACGGCCAAAGUGGGUCUUCCCACCGACGACACACCAGCAUUCGAGAUGGUGAGAGCUCAGUUGUGA